UGGACAUUUGGGGGACAUUAAGACACAAACUUAAGGGACAUAAAAUUUGGUGAGUCUUUCAUUUAAAAACAAUUUGGAAAAAAAGAGAAAAUGGUGGAGAAGUUUGUUCUUGUUGAAAGUUUCCUGAGCUGCCAUGUGUGUUCAGAGACUUUCAGAGAUCCUGUGUCUCUGAGCUGCAACCACAGCUUCUGUUCAAGCUGCCUGCAGAAAUUCUGGGAGCAAGCUAAAAACAAAAACUGUCCCAUUUGUAAAAGAAAAUCCUCAAAAGAAGAUCUAGGAGUGAACUUUGGACUGAAGGAACUGGCUGACUCCUUUGCUGGAAGACAGAAAACUGGAUCAUAUGAGACAGAAAAAGGAGAGAAGAAGGAGGAGGUGGUGUGUAGUAAACAUCAAGAAGAGCCAAGAUUGUUCUGUAAGGAUGAAGAUAGAGCUGUGUGUCCUGUCUGUGAGUUUUCUCUCCACCACGGUCACAAGGUGGUUCCUAUAGAACAAGCAGUCAGUGAGCUGAAGGACCAGCUGAAAUCUGACUUAAAGUCUCUGCAGGACAAGAGGAACAAAUACAAACAAGUGGAGGAAACAUACAAUGAAGUGAUUGAACACUCCAAGAAGCAGCUGUUGUCCACAGAGAGGCAGAUCAGAGCAGAGUUCAACAAGCUCCAGCAGUUCCUGAAAGAGGAAGAGGAGUCCAGACUGGCAGCUCUGAGGGAGGAAGAGGAGCAGAAGGGGAAGACUCUCAGCAGAGAGAUGAAGAUGAUUGAGGAGCAGAUCUCCUCUCUGUCACACAGUAUCUGUGCUGUUGAAGAAGAGCUGCAGAAACACAAGGUGCCAUUCCUCAGCAGUUAUAAAGCCACUCAGAGCAGAGCCAGAGUCCAGUGCUCACUGUCAGAUCCACAGCUGGUCUCAGGAGCGCUGAUAGAUGUGGCCAAACACCUGGGCAACCUGUCCUUCAGAGUCUGGGAGAAGAUGAAGGACAAGGUCCACUUCAGUCCUGUCAUUCUGGACCCAAACACUGCAAACCCCCGUCUCUAUCUGUCUGAUGAUCUGACCAGUGUGAGACGUGGAGACACGAAGCAGCAGCUUCCUGACAAUCCAGAGAGACACACUAAGUAUGUCACUGUUCUGGGCUCUGAGGGCUUCAGCUCAGGGAAACACAGCUGGGAGGUGGAGGUGGAAGACCAUCCUAACUGGAGAGUAGGUUUGGCCAAAGAGUCAGUUGACAGGAAGGGAGAGACAUAUGCUUCACCAGAAGAUGGAGUCUGGUGUGUAAAGCAUCGCAGUGGAAAAUACACUGAUGUUGUUGAUAAGACUGUCACAGUGAAGAAGAGUCUCCAGAGGAUCAGAGUCCAGCUGGACUAUGACAGGGGGGAGGUGUCCUUCUACGACCCUGAAGACAUGACUCACAUCUACACUCACAGAGACACUUUCACUGAGAAACUCUUCCCAUAUUUCAAUAUAAAAAAAGCUGGUGAUGCUAAAACUGCUGAUAUCAAAAUGUGUCAAAAUGAGAUUUCUCUGUGAUGUUCAGACAUGUUGGUGUUAGUGAAGACUUUACUCUGACUUCACUGUUUGUCUCCAUGUCAUUGGGAUAAUUAAGACAAUACACAGUUAAUCCAGAAAGAUGUGUUUCUAAUACCCAAACUGCAUUACAUACUACAGAGCAGGGCAUACUCUGGACUUUUUUUGGUUUAACUAUCGAGAAUGUUCGUCUGGAGGAUUACCUUGUCAGUGACCAUAAGUGUGUUCUUUUGAUGUUUGCUGUUGCAUGGAUCUGCUACCCCCAAAUCACAUGUCUCGUAGGCGCAUCAUUAACCAAAGUACAGCUGAAAAUUUAGUUUCAUUUGACCCUGAUGUGCUGUCAGACUGUCAUGAUGUGGAGACCUUGGUCCAGCUUUUUAAUAAACAGUCCUCCUCUG